AUGAGUUUGCAAAAUGGUGCAAAAGAUUUUGGUUAUGCAAUGGGCGCUGCCGAUGGCGCAGAUCCAGCGCACACGCCUGCUUCCGCUGUUGCUCCUGCAGUCAUGAACGAUUUGACAAACAUCACCAACUCCCACCUUCACAAAAGAAAGAGGUCAGAGAAUACUACAAAGAAGCGCCCAAACAACACAAAAGCCUCGUUCAGAAUGGAAGCUAAUCACACGCUCGUCAAGAUCAACAACUCUCAACGAUCCAAGAUGUUGAAGAGCGAACUGGAUCAGCUUUGCACGCAAUUACUCGAGGAGAAUGCACGGAUGAAUGAGGAGAUGGCACAAAUGCUUGAGGAGAAUACACGGAUGCAUGAGAUGUGUACACGGAUGCUUGAGGAGAAGGCAAGCAUGGUCGAGGAGAAUGCACGCAAGGAUGAUAUGUACGCACGGAUAAAUGAGGAAAAAGAACGGAUGCUUAUGACGUCUUUUGAAUUAUUCAAAGCAAUCAAAUCAGAACGCGACGCAGCUAGAACAGAGUGCAGCCGGAACAUUGGUUGGAGAAAGUUGUGUGAAAAUGCUCUUGCUAGUUCUCCUUUGUGA